UUUACAUAUCAACGCCAUUGCAUACCCAAGAAUUACUUAGACAAAAACCCUUUAAAGGGAACAUUUUCAAUGAGAAAAUGGUGCUUCGAAAAAAUGCUAUUCAUGAUGCUUAUAAGAAGAUUGAGCGAGAGGAGUCGCUCAUCAUGGGAGCUAAGGCAAUGGUAGCAUCGACGAAGAAUCCGGAAGUAAAGAAAAGAUUGGAAACAAAUAUUGCUGUAUCAGAAAAUAAUAUCACUUAUCUACAAGAAAGAAUCCAAGCUUUGAAGCUUGAGCAACAUGGGAGAGACGAAGCCCCUUCAGAAGAAAAUGAUUCUAUGCAAAAGCAUCCUUCAAAACAACAAGAUGGCGAUAAUCAAAUUUUGCAUGAAAGCAGAAGCGCCUUCGAGUUACUUAGCUCGGAAAAACCGUUAACUCCACAAAAGAUAUCUACAAUGUUACAGCAUUUGCAAAUGCGAUUAUCUAUAGAACAACAGUGUGUUUCCGGAAUUGAAAAAAUCUUACAUCUAUAUUCCAAAGAAAGAAAGGAUACCCAUGAUGUCUCUGUCAAAUUACGAGAAGGUAAACAAAAAGUCAAUCUGUUAAAGCGAUCGAUGAAGCGCUAUAACGAAUUACAUAUUCCCUUGGAUCAACCAAUUUCUGGCCAAGAGGAUCAUUUGUCUCAGGUUGCUUUCCGUGGUCUAGCAAAACCAGUUUCAGGUAGACUUCAACUUACAAUCCAUUCCGUCCGCAAUCUGGAACAUACUUCUCUUUUGCAACAAAAUUUAUCUCCCACAUUUUCUUACACCGUAUGUUAUGUUGACGACACCCAGGUUGCACGCUCAAGAAGCUCUCCCACAGACCAAUGGGACGAGUCCUUUACGUUCGACGUUCAUCGUGCAAAAGAAGUACAGCUUCUUAUUUAUGAUAAAAAAAAAGAGGCAGAUGUUCCUAUAGGAUUUCUUCUAAUUCCAGCGUCUUUAAUCGCUGAAGAGGUGCGCCGAAAGAGAAAUUUACAUGAGAUGACCGAAGCUAAUUGGAAACCAAGCUUGGCUGAUCAAAAUGCUUAUAACAAUGCUUCAACUCGUCCUGGUACUGCUGCUUCUGCUGCAACAUAUCGUAAUUCUCUUUACGAUCCUCUUGCUUCUUCACCUGCUUCUGCCCCUUCCUCUUACAAACUUCUAUCCCGUACGUGGCUUUCAUUAGAACCAGUAGGCCAAAUUUGCAUUUCCAUAACAUUCUCAAAGAAAUUAACUAGAAGACAAUUUCUUGAAACUGGUCUAGGUCGUCAGGGUGCUAUUCGCCAGAAGAAGGAUGAAGUUUAUGCAGGACAUCUAGGACACCAAUUUGUUCAAAAACAAUUUUACCAAAUUAUGCGUUGUGCUGUUUGUGGAGAGCUAUUCUCUUAUUCUCCUGGUCUACAAUGUGAGAAUUGUAGUUUUGUGUGCCACAAGAAAUGUUUAUACAAAAUUCUUGCUGGAUGUAUUGCAUUAUCAAAUGCAGAAAAAGCAAAUUAUGGACGCCUAAAAUAUCAAAUUCAUCAUAGAUUUGAACCGUUGACAUCGUUAGGAGCUCAUUGGUGUGCUCACUGUGGGUUCUUUUUACCUUUGCGACGCAAAGACUGUUUUAGAUGUGAAGAAUGCAAUCUUACAUGUCAUGGACAAUGUGCCCAUUUAGUUCCAGAUCAUUGUGGCAUGUCAAACGACCUGAAGAACCAGCUCUUGACCGGGUUAGACGUUAACAAUAAAUUACCAAAGGAAAAACAGGGGACUAGCAGGCAAGAUACUAGGUCUUCAUCUGAACAGCUACCGACAAUUUCACAAGGUCUUAUUGCAGCUACUAAACCAGCUACCAGUAUACUGAACGCUUCUCCUGUUGUUGCACCUGAGGAAUCGGUCAAAGAAAGGAAAAGUGCAAGUGCUUCCCCUCCUCGUCGCCUGACACCUACACCUACACCACCGACACUUACACUUCCAACACCUACAGCUCCAAUUUCCGCACCCCCAACACCUACAACUCCAACACCUACCCCGCCGUCUAGUACUUCGGCAACAACAGAAAGUUCUGUUAAACUUUCGCCUAGCCCUCGCCGUGAUAAAAAGAAACGGGUUACUCUGGAAGAUUUUACUUUUAUCGCUGUUCUUGGUAAAGGUAAUUUUGGUAAAGUUAUGCUUGCUGAAUAUAAGCCAACAAAGAAGCACUAUGCCGUAAAAGUUUUGAAAAAGGAGUUUAUUUUGAAAAAUGAAGAACUAGACAGUUUACGUACCGAAAAACAUGUUUUUGACGCCGCAAACAAAGAAAAGCAUCCGUUUCUUCUGAACAUGUUUGCUAGCUUUCAAACUAGUACUCGCGUGUACUUCGUAAUGGAGUACAUUCAAGGCGGAGAUUUAAUGGUUCACGUUCAGAGACAACAAUUUAGUGUGAAAAGAGCGAGGUUUUACGGCGCGGAGGUCUGUUUAGCUUUAAAAUAUUUCCAUGAAAACGGUAUAGCAUAUCGUGAUUUAAAGCUGGAUAAUAUCCUUCUAUGCUCCAAUGGUCAUAUCAAAAUUGCCGACUAUGGUUUAUGCAAAGAAAACAUGUCUGCUGGUAAUACUACCUCAACGUUUUGUGGUACGCCGGAGUUUAUGGCACCUGAGAUUCUUUUGGAACAACAAUACACGAAGAAUGUGGAUUGGUGGGCGUUUGGUGUUUUAAUGUAUCAAAUGCUGUUAGGUCAAUCACCUUUUAAAGGAGAAGAUGAAGAAGAAAUUUUUGACGCCAUUUUGACGGAUGAGCCUUUAUUUCCUAUUAACAUGCCGGCAGAUGCCGUUUCACUAUUACGAGGGCUUUUGAAUCGUGAUCCUGAAAAGCGAUUAGGAAGUGGGCCAACUGACGCUCUUGAAAUCAUGAACCAUCCAUUCUUUACUACAAUUGUUUGGUCCGAUCUCUAUCAUUUGCGGUUUGAUCCUGUUUAUAAACCUGUGGCAAGCGAUAUACAUGAUUUGAACAACUUUGAUGAAGAAUUCACCAGUGCAGUUCCAAAUCUUACGCCAGUAAACACAGUGUUGACAAGGCAACAACAGGAGUGUUUUCGUGGAUUUUCUAGUAUGGCAGGGUAGACUUUUAGGUCUGAUUUAUUCUUUUUGUUUUUAUUGUCUCUUUUUUUUUUUUACGCAUAGGAUUUUUGAAGGUUGAUAGAGAUAUCACUCUUCUAUCCUCCUCCUUUCUAUUUUUCCUGCGUUAUUCCAUCAAUUAAUAGACGUAUUUAGCUAAAUUAUUCCUUUUUUCUUUACUUUUAUUUUUUUACUAGACGAUCAAUACGCUUUAUAUAUUAAUGAUGAUUUUUUACGAUAAAUAUUAAUCCUUAAGCUUUUAUAUGCAAAACUAAAUCUUUCUUUCUCC